GCCGCCCGCCUCCCGUCAGCCGGUGCGGCUCCUCUGUCCGCUUCCGCGGAGACCGUUCGGCUCCUCUGCCCGCUUCCUCUCAGCCGGUCCAGCUACACCGGCCGCUUUCCCUCAGGGGGGCCGCCUCCCUCGCCCGCUUCCCCUCAGCGGGGCCGACUCCUCUGCCCGCCUCCCCUCAGUAAGGCGGCUGCGCGCCCGCCUGCCGUGGGCCGGGCGGUGGCAGCGCGGAGGCGGCGGGGAGGGGAUCGGUAUCGGUCCGCAGCUGCUGGAGCUGCGGGUCUGGGCUGCUGUAACCCGCAUCUUCUCUCCAUUUGCAUUGCAAUAGUGGCUGUUGCAAUUAUUGCAGGAGUGAAACCAACAUCCCACAGACAUGGCAGAAGAGGACCUUAUUUUUCGUAUGGAAGGGAUUGAUAAUGCUAUAUCCACUGCAGUGAACUCUGGACAUUAUCUUGACGCUGACAGUGAUGAGGAAGACAAUUAUUUUAUCUGUCCAAUAACUGAUGAUCCAGUUUCUAACAAGUCUGCCAGUAUCAAAGUUGGCAGUUACUAUAGUAACCUGGCAAAAAAUGAACGGUACAGUUCAAGCUCUUCUCCUACAAGCUCAUUUAGCUUUAAGAAUGACACACGGCAUCGUUCUAAGCACGGCUCUGUGGUUGACCAUGGUCGGGAAACCUGGAAACAUGCUAUUCAGAAAGCUAAGAACAUGCCUGAUCCAUGGGCAGAAUUUCACCUUGAAGACAUUGAGACAGAACAGGCAACUCGCUACAGGUACAAUGCAGUUACUGGGGCCUGGGUUGAAGAUGAAGUCCUCAUCAAAAUGGCUUCACAACCCUUUGGCCGUGGUGCAAUGCGAGAGUGUUUCAGAACGAAAAAGCUCUCCAAUUUCUUACACACACAGAACUGGAAAGGUGCCUCUAACUACGUUGCCAAGCAAUACAUUGAGAGUGUGGGCAGGGAUGUGUAUUUUGAGGAUGUCCGACUUCAGAUGGAAGCAAAACUCUGGGGAGAAGAGUACAACCGGCACAAGCCACCCAAACAGGUGGAUAUAGUACAGACCUGUAUUAUUGAAAUGAAGAACAGACCUGGGAAGCCUCUCUUUCACCUGGAACAUUACAUUGAGGGCAAAUACAUCAAAUACAACUCAAAUUCUGGAUUUGUGCGAGACGACAACAUUCGUCUUACUCCUCAAGCCUUUAGUCAUUUCACCUUUGAGCGCUCAGGACACCAGCUCAUUAUUGUUGAUAUCCAGGGAGUUGGAGAUCUUUACACUGACCCUCAGAUCCAUACAGAGAAGGGUACAGACUUUGGAGAUGGCAACCUAGGUGUUCGAGGUAUGGCCUUGUUCUUUCAUUCUCAUUCGUGCAACAGGAUUUGUGAAAGCAUGGGGCUUGCUCCAUUUGAUCUUUCAUCCAAAGAGAAAGCAGCCUUGGAUUGUAAUAAAGAAAUGCUUGAAUCUGCUCAAACAAUUCUCCGUGGCACAGAGGAAAAAUGUGGCAGCAGCCGUGUGAGAACGGUCUCUGGUAGUCGACCUCCUCUGCUCUCCCACCUCUCUGAAAACUCUGGAGAUGACAGCAUGAGUGAUGUAGCAUUUGACUCUCUGCCCUGCUCUCCUUCCUCAGCAACCCCUCACAGUCAAAAGAUGGAUGUGCUUAAUUGGCCUGUGUUCAAUGAAGUAGAUAAUUUCAUCCACAAAGACAAUGAUCAGCUUGAUAACCAAAGGGAUUUUGAAAAUGGUGGAGACAGUGGAUAUCCCAGUGAAAAAAGAAGUGAGCUGGAAGAUCUGGAUCAGAGAGAGAGGGGCCACUCGAACAACAACCAAAGACAUGAAUCUGAUGAAGACAGUCUGGGAAACUCUGCAAGGAUCAAUGUGGAGAAAUGGAAUCUCUACAACUCUUCUAGAGUCCAUAUCCACAGACCAUCUUGUGUUGCCCAAGAAAUUCAGAGGCUCAAUGCACUAGAACUUAAGAAAAUUGGGAAGUCAGUCCUUGGGAAGGUUCACUUGGCCAUGGUUCGCUAUCAUGAAGCUGGGCGCUUCUGUAAGAAAGAGGAGGAAUGGGACCAGGAGUCAGCCCUGUUUCACCUGGAGCAUGCUGCAGACUGUGGGGAGCUGGAAGCCAUCAUUGGGUUAGGACUCAUGUGCUCUCAGCUGCCACAUCAUAUUCUUUCUGAGGUCACUCUGAAGGACACAAAGGAGAACAGAAGCAAAGGAUUUGAUUACUUGCUGAGAGCAGCAGAAGCUGGAGACCGGUCUUCCAUGAUUCUGGUAGCAAGAGCAUAUGAUACAGGUCUAAAUCUUGGUUCAGACAGAGUACAGGAUUGGAAGGAGGCACUGUACUGGUACAAUGCUGCACUGAACAUGACUGACUAUGAUGAGGGAGGUGAAUAUGAUGGCACUCAGGAUGAGCCCAGGUAUCUACUCCUGGCCAGGGAAGCAGAGAUGCUGAUGAUGGGAGGGUUCCACCUAAGUAAGGAUCCACAGAGAUCAGGUGAGCUGUACACAGAAGCAGCAGAAGCAGCAAUGGAAGCCAUGAAAGGCAGACUGGCAAACCAAUACUACCAAAAAGCAGAAGAGGCUUGGGCAAUGAUGGAAGAAUAACGUGCAAUUAAGCAGUUCUUGUAUAUAGGUUUUUAUAUAGACUUGCUGCAUUUGCAGCUAAAAAAGAUACUUUUUAAUUUGGUGUUACAAGUUUCUUUUUUUUGUAUUUAGUUUUCUAAUUUUUUAAAGGGAGAAAUCCAAAUAUAAGUGGUAUAUAGCAUACUUCUGCUAUUGUUUUAAAGCUGUAAUACAGACACAC